AUGGGUGAUAGGAGAAAAUUACACGGAGAAAUUGAACGUUGUCUUAAGAAAGUAGCUGAAGGGGUUGAAACAUUUGAAGAUAUAUGGCAAAAGGUCCAUUCAGCACCAAAUCAUAAUCAAAAAGAUAAAUAUGAAUCAGAUUUAAAAAAAGAAAUAAAAAAAUUACAACGUCUACGGGAUCAAAUAAAAGCAUGGAUGUCAUCAACAGAAAUAAAAGAUAAAAAACAAUUACAAGAAGCAAGAAAAAAUAUUGAACAACAAAUGGAAAGAUUUAAAGUUGUUGAACGAGAAACCAAAACAAAAGCAUAUAGUAAAGAAGGUUUAGGAGCUGGACAAAAACUUGAUCCACAAGAAAAAGAAAAAGAAGAAUGUACACAAUGGAUCACAGAUGCGAUACAAGAAUUAAAUAUUCAAAUUGAUAAAUUCGAAGCAGAUAUUGAAACAUUAUCUGCGUCUUUGAAAAAGAAGAAAUCAGAUAAAGAUAAACAAGAACGUCUAGAAGAAACUAAACAUUCAAUUGAAAGACAUAAUUUUCAUAUACAAUCAUUGGAAAAAAUUCUACGUGCUAUUGAUAAUGAUGCACUUGAUCUCAAACCAGUUCAUAAUUUACGAGCGGAUAUUGAAUAUUAUAUGGAAUCAAAUCAAGAAUCAGAUUUUAAAGAAAAUGAUUUAAUGUAUGAAGAAAUUGAUAUGGAUAAUAUAUUAACAAGUAUUGCACCAGUUAUUGCAGUACCAGCAGCAACAACAACACAAUCUCAUCCAUCAUCAUUACCAAAUGGUAGUAGUUUAUGUUCAAAUUCAUCAACAUUAAUGGAUCUAAGUGCACCAUCAUUAAGUUUACAUUCACAUUCAUUAACAAAUAAUUCAAUGGAACGUACAACAGUAUCAACUACAAAUUCAAAUCAUGGAGAUAAUGAAUCAAUUAUAGGUUUAACAACACCAUCAUCAACUCAACCAAGUUCACCAAGUGCUAGUCCUGCAUUAUCGGCAACAGAUGAUCGAAAACGAAAUAAAUCAGAAUCUGAAGAUAAUCAAUCACAACGAAAUCGUUCAAAUUCGGGUGCAAAUGGAUCAUCAACAACAAAUACUCCUCAUAUAUCAUCACCAAAAAGUUCAGUAUUACAACAACAAUCACCUAAUGUAGGAUCUUCAACAAAACCAUCAUUAUCAUCAGCACCUGUACUUUCAACAAGUGCACCACCACAUUUUACUUAUCCAGUAACGACGACAACAACAACAACAACGCCACCUGUACUACAAUAUUCAACAAUUGUUUCACAAAAUACGUUACCAUCAACACCAACAACACCAAGUAGUAAUUCAUCAACAAAACAACAGAAUAUACAUUCACCACAAACCAAACAAAUGUCAAGACAAACAUCGAUUAAUAAUGAUUCAGCAGUGAUUACAACUUCAACUCCAUCGAUACCAACAACAACAACUAUAACUAGUUCAACAUCAAAUAGUUCUCACCCACCAUCUUUAUUAGGAAAUAAUGAUCGUUCAGGUUUACUAAAUCAACAUAUUCUCAAUAAUAUCUCACAAAUAAAUGCAGCAUCAUCAACACCAUCAACAGUAACAUUAGCAAAUGGUACUACAAUUCCAUCAUCAUUAUAUUCAGGUCCAGGAUCAACUUUACCAACUUCAAACAUUCCUCAUGAAAUGUCUUCAAGUAAUUCUCUUGAUUCAACAACAUUGAAUUCUCAACAAUCUUCAUCACUACUUUCUCGUACAAUAUCUGAUGCUGAUCGUUCAACAAAUACUCCAACAUCAUUAAUGACGAAUGGUUCAUCAGAUGGACAUUCAUUACUUGAUAAUAAUAAUACUUUUCCAAAUUUAUCAUCACUAUCAUCAUCAUCAUUUUUACCAACUAAUAAUUUAACUGAUCUUACAUCACCUAAUAGUGGUAUUAUUGGACAAGUACCAGAUCAUCAUGCACUUCGAUAUAUGUUAUCAUCAUCAUCAUCAAAUUCACAACCUAUUCAAACAAAUCGUGUACCAUUAACAACAGCAGAAACACGAAUGCUUAAUCGAUUAAAUUCUGCAUAUGCAAAAUUACCAUCAUUAUUAGAAUCUGAACGACAAAGAACAAAUUCUAAUCGUAUUUAUGGACGAAAUCCACUUGGAAAUUCACAAAUUAUUUCAUAUUACCCUCAAACACCACCAACUGGUAGUGAUGCACCAGAAUUUUAUUAUCGUUUAGCACCUGAUACAUUAUUUUUUGUUUUUUAUUAUAUGGAGGGAACUCGUGCACAAUAUUUAGCUGCAAAAGCAUUGAAACGACAAUCAUGGCGUUUUCAUACAAAACAUAUGAUGUGGUUUCAACGACAUGAAGAACCAAAAACAAUAACAGAUGAUUAUGAACAGGGUACAUAUAUAUUUUUCGAUUAUGAACGAUGGCAAACACGAAAACGAGACAAUUUUAUAUUUGAAUAUAAAUUUUUGGAAGAUCGCGAAUUUUGA